AUGCGGCGAGAUUCAGAUGUAGUUCCUCCGAGUGCAAUACCCGGAUCGGCGGAGCUAAGGCGGUUCGGCAGCGCGCUGCUGCAGCUGACCAGGUUCAGAUCGACAUUCGCCGAGAUUCCGCAUAUUAAGGAGCUCUCCGAUUCCCUAGAUGCAUUAUUCGUCAGCUGGCGUGAUUCGAUCAGUGGCGUCGCGACUGGUUCCGCCAGCAGCGACGGCUCAGAGGAGCGGGAGCUCAUCCCAGGUGGGAAUGUGACGAGCAGGUGGAGGCGCGAUGCGUUAGCCUCCCUGUUUCCCGCUUUCUUUCGUCCAGUCUCACACCUUCUCUUUUCUUCGUCUGCCCUCAUCCUUUCCCCCACCGCCGUUCCAGCCACGCGCCUGUACCUGGAGAUUCUAUUCCUCGAGAACUCCCGCCCGCUUCACCGCGCGCUGCUCUCCGCGCUCGUGCGCAUCUUCGCGCUCCAUGGGGUUGGCGCAGCGGGGCGGGGCAGGGGGAAGGGCGGAGCCGGAGGAGGAGGAGGGCGGAAGGGGAAGAAGGAGGGGAAGAGAAAGAAAGAAAAGGGCGAGCAGGCAGAGAGAGGUGCAAGUGUGGGGGGUAGCCAGGCAGAGAGGGGGUUGGGAGAUGGAGGAGUGAGGAGGGGAUACGGAGAGGAGGAUGGGGAGAGUGUUGCAGGGAGAGCGAGGGCGAUAGUGGAGAGUGUUAUCGCGUUGUGCUGUAACGAGUACGGCGUUGGUGGUCCCAAGAGGCGGCAGUUCGCUGCAGCUGCAGCAGGGGCUUCCAUCACUGCCGCCCAGUUCCAGGUCUGCUCUUGCCGCCCCUCUCCCUCUCCCCCUCUCACUCCUACUCACAUUCAUGGCACUCUACUCGUUCCUCUCCCCCUCUCACUCCUACUCACAUUCAUGGCACUCUACUCGUUCCUCUCCCCCUCUCACUCCUACUCACAUUCAUGGCACUCUACUCGUUCCUCUCCCCCUCUCACUCCUACUCACAUUCAUGGCACUCUACUCGUUCCUCUCCCCCUCUCACUCCUACUCACAUUCAUGGCACUCUACUCGUUCCUCUCCCCCUCUCACUCCUACUCACAUUCAUGGCACUCUACUCGUUCGUCUCCCCCUCUCACUCCUACUCACAUUCAUGGCACUCUACUCGUUCCUCUCCCCCUCUCACUCCUACUCACAUUCAUGGCACUCUACUCGUUCCUCUCCCCCUCUCACUCCUACUCACAUUCAUGGCACUCUACUCGUUCCUCUCCCCCUCUCACUCCUACUCACAUUCAUGGCACUCUACUCGUUCCUCUCCCCCUCUCACUCCUACUCACAUUCAUGGCACUCUACUCGUUCCUCUCCCCCGCCCCUCCUCCUUUCUCCUCCCGCACCCUAAACCUUCAACCCUCUCUUGCUUUCAACCCACGGCGUCCCUCACCCUCUAUGCUGCUGCACCAUCUCGCACCCUUUGACAGCUCAUCUCGCCUCGUGGCGCGACAGCUGGCGCACGUGCUGAGUGCAGACGUGGCAGCAGUGGUGGACCACAUGCAGCCACGUGGCAGCAGUGAGGACAGGUUGCCAACGGGGAGCAGGAGCAGCACAUGCGACGAUAAUGAGGGGGUCUCUGAUGCUGCUGGCAUGGCUGACGUCGGGCAAACAGCUGCCGAAGAAGCCUCAGAAGCAGGUUUGGGAGCAGGUUUGAGAGCAGGUUCGGGAGCAGGUUCGGAAGGGGGGGGGCACGUGGUGCCAGCAACGAUGGAGCUGUGUCAGGAGGCACUGUCAACGCUCUACUACCUGCUGCAGCGCUACCCUCAACAGUUUGCCUCGCGCCCUUCCAGCACCCAAGGGCAAGGCGAGCUGAGCAGUCAAGGCAGUGUGAGGAAUGGGGGCGUUGAGAGCAGUGAGAGCAACGGGUGUGUUGAGAGCAAGGGCGUGUGUGCGGAGCUGCUGUCAGUGCACGGCGCUGUAGUGAGAGUGCUACAAACGGGGGUGCUUUCCAGAGACGCCACUGUAGCUGCAGCUGUAGCUCUCUGCGCCCUGCUGCCUGUCGUCCAAUCAGAAACGAGCUCUGUUGCAACAGCAGUGGGAGAGAAGGGCGAGCAGGAGGAGGAGGAGGAGGAGGAGCGGAGGGAAGGGCGACUGGCUGUGGCUCUAGCACGCUCCUUCUUCGCCUCCUCUGCCUCCUCUUCCUCCCCUUCCCCUCCUGCCAUGCUGCCAUCAGCUGCUGUCGCGAGUCCCACCCCUGUUGUGUCUGCAGCGCCAGCAACCGGCUUAGCGGCUGCUAGCGAGUUUGUGGAUCCAUUGACAGUACUGGAGGCGCUUAAAACGAGGCAGGGGCCAGCAGCAGAGCAGUCGCGUGCAUGGUUGGUGGAGAUGGGGGGCUUUCCUCUGUUCAGCCAGCUGUGCUGCAUCCGAGGCAUGCUCACCGCUGUUCCCCGACAAGCCCUCACUCACCUCCUGCUGCUGCCCACGCCCCUGCACGCACAGCCACAUGAAGCAGCACAUGCAGAAGCACAAGACGCAGCAGGUGUAGUAGGUGCAGCAGCAGCAGGGGAGGCACUGACUCCCCAGGCAGUGGAGGUGCGCUGCUGGUCUCUACUCUUUGACGGGCUGCUGCCCCGCGUCCUCUCCUUCUGUGAAGCUUCCUCCGACGCACACACCAAGUUCCAUGCGCUCACCGCCCUCCAGAUCUGCCUCCACCAGAUCAAGACAAGCCUGCUGGACGGCACCUGCGUCGCCUCCCGCGCACUGUUCACCCGCCAGGUGGCUCAGAUUCGCGCCACGUGGCUGGCAGGGACUGGCGGAGCGGAGGAGUCAGCAGCAGCAGCAGCUGCAGCAGUGAGAGGAGGUCAGGAGGCUGAUAAAUCUCCUCUACGCUCAUUGGUGGAAAAGUUGACGCAGGAUGGCGGCGUGCCAGCGUAUGAGGAGAUGCCACGUGGCAUUGUGGAUCGGAUCCUGGGUGCGGUGUGGGGCCACUGGGAGGACCCGCUGACUCAGACGGCCAGGCAGGCCCACGUGGCACUGGACCUGCUGCUGGACGUGGUGGAGUGCCUUGAGAAAGGGGGGGGAGAGGAGAGGGGCGUGGGGGCUAUGGAGGAAGAGACGAGCAGUGGAGAGGAUAUGAGGGGAACAGAUGCUGCUGGUUUGGUAGGUGAUGGUGUGAAAGAUGGGGAGGAGAGAGGGAGGGAGGAAGAGGAGGAGGAGGAUGUGGUGGAGGGGUUGGGGUUUAUGAUGGAGGAGGAGCAGGGAGAGGGGGAGGAGCAGGGAGAGGGGGAGGAGCACGGAGAGGGAGAGGAGGCGAAGCAGAAUGGGACGGCAGAGGCGAGGCUGAUCACUUCGUCAGGAGAGGUGGCCGAAGCUGGGGAAGGGAAGGACGAGGAGGUUGAUUCAGGGAAUGGCGCGUCCAGCGUGGGCGGCGAGUUUCGGCGGUUUGCGGAGCAGCUGGCUCAGGAGGUGCUGGCAACAGGGCCACACAGGAAGGGGCGGUACGUGCCCUUGGCGUCCCUGGCCCUCCGCUUGGGUGCUGCUCGCCUGCUAUGGAUGAGCAAGCAGGGGCGCUCAGGGGGCGAGGAGGGCGGGACGGCGGAGGGGUGUGAGAGGGGUGAGAGGGAGGGCGCAGCAGUGGGUAUGGAUGGAGCAGCAGGGGGCGUGCGAUUCCCGGUGGGUGUGUUGGGUGACGCCCUAGCAGCCAUGGGUGACGAGGGUGUGUGCUGUGCUGUCGCCUCCUUCCUCUCCCCCUUCCUCUCCCGCCUCCGUGAGGAGUGCUGGGCCGUCACAGCAGGCACAGCAGGGACAGCAGGAGGGGGAGAGGGACGGGAGGGACUGGAGGGGCGGGAGGGCGGAGGGGAGGGGGGAGGCGACGUAGGAUGGCGGAGGGUGUGGAUGCCGGCAGUGCUGUGCGGGCUGGUGGCGGGGUCAUCUCUGCACCGCAGCAACGUGGCCACCUACGCCCUCCCCGUGCUGCUCUCCCUCGACCCGCCCUCGCUCUGGCCCCUCCUCUCCUUCCUCACCGCCCUGCCCCCACGCAGCGAAGGAGGAGAGGGCAUUGAGGGCAGAGAGGGCAGCGUGGAGGCAGUGUGGGAGCAGUGGCCGGAGCUGGCGGACGGGAGGGGAGGGCCGCAUGGGGAGUACCCGUGGGGGGCGAGUGUGGACGCGCGCGUGGGGGCGGUGGUGGCGCUGCUGCGCAUGGGGCGAGGCAUGGGCGUGCUGGAUGGACCUCUGGAGGCCGCUGGUAAGGGGGGGAGGGAGUUGAGGGCGCAGAGGGCGCGUUCAGGGGAUGAGGAGGAGGAGGAGGAGGAGGAGGAGGAGGAGGAGGAGGAGGAAGAGAGUGGGGAUGGGGAGAGAGGGAGGGGCGAAGGAGAGGAGGUGGCGAGGAGGGAUUGGUCCGGCGGGCCGCAGACCGUGCUGACGUGGAUGCUGGAGCGGGCGACGUGGCACGCUGACGAGGCGGUACGAGUGGACGUGGCAGAGCUGCUGUGCAUUUCCUUCCGCACCACGGCCAUGCCGUCCCCCCCCGAGCUGCGCCUGCUGGGACUUGCCUUCCCCCUCAACCUGCGCUGCUCCUCGCCCCACCUGCGCAUGCGCUGGUGCUCCACCGUGCGCCGCUUCUUCUCCCGUGUCCGCGCCGCCGUGGAACGGCAGGAGAGGAUGGCUGCUGUCACCCGCCGCCAGAGAACGGUUGCGCUGGGGGGAGUGGGGGGAGGUGAAGCAGGGAAAGGAGGCGAUGCUCCGGGAGGAGGUGAGGAGCAGGAGGACGGGGAAAGGGAGGAGGGGGAGGAGAGGGAGGAGGGGGCGAGCGUGGAGGAGGUACAGGCGUUCAUGCAGUGGCUCACGGCGCUGCUCUUCUCCUCGCUGUACCCCUCAGCGCCCUACGAGCGCAAGAGCAUGGCGCUCGACACCCUCUCCGCGCUCAUGGACGUGUGGAGCCCGCAUCACUUCCUCCCCCCGCACACUGCCGCUACACCGUCUCCUCUCACCACCCCACACCUCCCAACCUUCUCUCCCUACCCACCCGGUGCGCUGGCCCCCGGCAGCACGCACCUGCUGCUGGCGGCAGCGGUGGACAGCUGGGACCGGCUGAGAGAGGCGGCGCUGGGGGUUCUGCUCAAGUACCCGGCGCCGCUGCCGGGGUUAGAGAGUGCAGGGCAGGUGGCGGAGGUGGUGGAGUGGGCGUGUGGGCUCGUGAUGAGCCCACGGGUGAGGGAGAGUGACGCGGGUGCGCUCGUGCUGAAGCUGGUGUUUAAAAACAGCAGCAGCAGCAGCAGCAGUGGGCAAGGGGCAGUGGUGGAGUAUGUGCGGUCGCUGAACGAGUGGCUGGCAGCGCUGGUGGACGAGGGCGAGAGGGACCUGAUAGGGGCGUGCCGCCACAGCCUCGUGCACGGUGUGCUGCUGCUGCUCCGAUACACGCUUGAAGAGGUUGACUGGACCGAACCAUCCGUGCACACCGCUGCUGCUGAUGGUUCUGAUGGGGCUGCGCAGGAGGCGCAGGCAGCAGGGGGCAUGAGGGGGGUGCUGAGGCGGGUGCUAGCGCUGGUGCUGCGAGUGACGGGGCUGGCGCUGUGGGUGGUGGCAGCAGAUGGGCUGCGCGUGGACGUGGGGGAGGGGGGGCGGCUGCAAGUGAGCGACAAGGAUGCAAAAGAGACCAGUGCUGUGUGCCGUGAGGGGCGAGUGGAGGAGAAUGAGGGGGAGGAGGAAGGCGAAGAUGAGGAGGAAGAGGGCAGCGGUGCUGACGGUGGUCUCGGUGAUGCUGAUGCUGCUGAUUAUGAUGCUGCUGAGGAUGAUAUGAUGGGAGCGGGUGACGGCGAUGGCAGUGGGCAGCAGCUGGCGCCAGUGGAGCAGAUGGUGAUGGUGGCGUGCUGGCUCUCCAUGAAGGAGGCCUCUCUGCUCCUCGGCACCCUCGCCCGCUCCGUGCCGCUGCAAGGCCAUGUGGGGGCAGGCGAGGAGGAGGUGGAUGGGGAGGAGGGAGGGCGGGAGACGGGGAGGAGGGGAGAGGGAGGGGAGGUGGAGGGUGGGGGGGAACUGCUGGAUGCUGCGCAGCUCAAGCGUGCGGUGGAGCGUACGAGCGUGCGGUGCAGCGUCCGAACGGGCGGUGCAGCGUACGAGCGGGCGAUGCAGCCUAUGAGCGGGCGGUGCAGCGUACGAGCGGGCGGUGCAGCGUACGAGCGGGCGGUGCAGCGUAGGAGCGGGCGGUGCAGCGUAGGAGCGGGCGGUGCAGCGUAUGAGCGGGCGGUGCAGCGUAUGAGCGGGCGGUGCAGCGUAUGA